UCCGAUGAGGAUGAGAUCCUCAGUCUGUUCAGCUACUUUGGAUUUAAUGGUUCUGCUGUUGUGGAUUUGUCUCUUUCUACCUUUGGGGGAUGCUAUAUGGUUGAAUCUUCCUGGUUCAGGAACGAAGUGCGUUUCAGAGGAAAUACAGAACAACGUCGUCGUCUUGGCCGAUUACACCGUAGUUUCCGAUGAUCGGACUCACGAGAUGCCAGCCAUCUCUGCCAAAGUCACAUCACCCUAUGGGAACAACCUUCAUCACACAAAGAAUGUUACUCAUGGGCAGUUCGCAUUCACAGCCAACGAGGCUGGGAACUACCUGGCAUGUUUUUGGGUUGAGGGCCCUAAUAAAGAAGCAGGGGCAAGUGUCAACCUAGACUGGAGGAUUGGAAUUGCAGCAAGGGACUGGGACUCUGUUGCCAGAAAAGAGAAGAUUGAGGGUGUUGAACUUGAAUUGAGGAAGCUUGAAGGAGCAGUGGAGGCCAUUCAUGAAAAUUUGCUCUAUCUUAAGACCAGGGAAGCAGAGAUGAGGGAAGUUAGUGAAACAACCAACAGCAGAGUGGCAUGGUUCAGUAUUAUGUCCCUGGGUUUGUGCAUUUGUGUGUCGGUUUUGCAGUUGUGGCACUUGAAGCACUACUUCCGAAAGAAGAAGCUUAUCUAACUUCUCCCAACUAAUUAUAUUUCUUGAUGAGAAGAACUAGAAAGAAAGAGGAUUAGAAAACUAUUUAUUUUUGUACCUUAAUACCAUGUUCCCAAGUAGAAUAUCCAGCCUGGUUUGAGAUUUGGGCCAAUGUAGCAUGUUCUAUGUAUAGUAAG